AUGGCUCUGAUGUUCGGCUGUCGCCGUGGUGCUAAUAGCGGUUCAGUCUUUGGUAGCCAAACGCCUUUUGGUUCACAGUCGGUAUUCGGUGGUGGAACCGCAUCUUCAGCCAAUGUUUUUGGUGGGUCUGCAGCUAAUGCAGGUACUACGAGUUUUGGAGCAAUAGCUGCUCAGGGCGCCAAUGUUUUCGGUGGGGCGAGCACUACCAAUCCCGGAACCAAUGUAUUUGCCGAGGCUUCUGCUACUCCUAAUGCGUCACUCUUUAGUCAACAGCCCGUAACCGCUACAGUGUCACCCUUCAGUCAGCAAGCUCAGCCUAUUGCAGCAUCACCUUUUGCUCAGCAGCCAACGUCCACAGCUGCUACUCCCUUUGGUACUGCUGCAACAUCGGUGUUCGCUGCGCCAGCAUCAACGAAUUCAAAUGUUUUUGGUCCUCCUUCUUCUUUUGGCUUUGUGUCACCUGCAACACAUACUACCAAUGUAUUUGGAGCGGCAGCAGCACCUACGACUACUCAGUCACUUUUUAGUUCGAGUCCUUUCGGCACCGCUCAGCCAAACAGCUCAGUGUUUGGAGCCUCGCCAACAAUAACAAACGCAAGCAAUUCCAGUAGUAAUAUUUUCAUGGCAAAGCCACAACAAAACACUUCCUCACCCUUUGGAACGACCUCAUCAACGCAGACAGGUCCAUUUGGUAAUUUCACUGCCAAGCCAAGCCUGGGACUUGCUGUGUCGAUAACAAUUGACGACACAGCUUACAGCCAAGAAGAGAAUCUUACGGACGAAGAAAAGGCUGCGUUUCAGUUGGCUCAGUUCGUUAAGGGACAAAUUCCGCUUAAACCUCCGACCAAAGCUUUGUGCUAA